AUGCAUGGGGGAAAUCAAUUGAAUGCUAAUCAGUUAUCCCUUGCGCCGAGCUUAGUUCGUUCCUUUAUAUCCAAUUUAGGAGGCUCCCGAAAUCACGAUGACGCGAAAGAGUCUCGAAAGCUCGCCCGAAAUGCCUCGCCUUCUCAAACCCCACCACGGUGGCAGACACCCUCACCGGAUACCCCGUCGCCACCCUCAGAAUUGUCGCCUGUAAAUGGUUCCGCGACAAGGGGACAGGGAAUUGGAUCGAGACCUGCAUCGACGAUCUUUUCGCGCAACCCUCCGCUUAUGACCCAGCCGGACGAUACCCCACCAGAGCUAUCGCCGAUCUUUUCCUUCCUUAAUAUCCACACUAACAAAGUCUACCACGAAGGAUACUUUUUGAAGCUCAAUGAUCAGGAUGCUUAUGGGCGACCGACAAAUGAUCGGCAAUGGACAGAAUGCUAUGCGCAAUUGGUGGGAACAGUUCUUUCUCUCUGGGAUGCUACUGCGCUGGACGCAGCUGGAGGGCAAAAUGUAACCCCGACCUUCAUUAACGUGGCAGACGCAUCAAUCAAAAUGAUUGAAACCCUGCCGAUCAAGAACGGGAGUGCACCGCCAUUGAACAACGUCCUGAGCUUGUGCUCCGCUGGCAAGAACCGAUAUCUCCUUCAUUUCAACUCUUUCCACUCGCUCUGCCAAUGGACGGCCGCCGUUCGUCUUUCAAUGUAUGAACACACCUCUUUGUACGAAGCCUACACCGGUGCCCUCAUCGCGGGCAAGGGUAAGUAUUUGAACUCGAUUUCAGCUAUCCUAGCUCCGGCGAAGUUCCGACACGAAGACUGGGCGCGCGUGCGAUUUGGGGCAGGAAGCCCAUGGAGACGAUGCUGGUUCGUGAUCAACCCACCAGAUGAUAAGGAAAUCGCUAGGGCUCGCAAGGCGAUGAAGAAAUCAGCGUACGAUCGUCUGUCCAUACCUAUCACCGGUAAUAUCCAGUUCUUCGAGACUUCGAAGACCAGAAAAGUUACACCAAUCGCGACGGUCAGCCACGUCUACUCAGCAUAUGCGAUCUAUCCCCAAUCCAAGGCCCUCAUGGAUCAAUCAUCCCUUUUGAAAAUGGAAGGCCGAAUCACGAUGCAUGGACAAAAUCAGAAGAAACCGACCUCGACCACUACGGAGGGUUUUGUUUUUGUCAUGCCAGAACUGCACGCGGCGGUCACUGGAUUAGAAGUCAUGCUUCGAUUCCUUUUCCCAACAUUCGAUACCUUUAAUUUAUACGGUCGCCCGACUCGUCUCGUGGCUGAGACUAAUCACGUUAAAAGCAUCAUGUUCGCAUUCCCACAGGAUCGUCGUUUCGGGUAUCUAGAAUUAAUGGACAUCACCAAUUUGCUCCAGACUCCUGGAAGUCAAGAUUGGAGUGAAGCCGAGUGGAGGCGGCAGUUGAAGGAAGCGACACAAAAGAGGGUUUCAACGGGACGCAGCAGAACCAACAGUGUCAAUAGCAGCCAACAGCGAUAUCGCUCUAGUGUCUCUAUCAACAACGUUAACUCUCCCGCAAUUGGGUCUCCACGCCGCCAGCUUCCUCCGCUACACAAUCCGGAAUUCAAUCGAUCUUCUGAUGCGGUCGUUCGCGACAUUCCUAAGAGUGAACCUCCCCCAUACCAUGCUCGUGGAAUGUCGGACACGGGAAUUACGCAGAACGGGCCUAGACCGGGCUAUGCAUCCCUCAAUAACAGCUCACCUGACUCGUCCGCCCAAGAUUUUGUGCAACGUGACAGACAGGCCGCUCUCGCGCGCCCCAUCAUGGAGAGUUCUGAGAUUGAACACGGAGAGCAGCUUCCUCCACGCACGCCUCCUUCACCUGUCGCAAGCCCGCCAGCCUUUUCACACGGCCCUCGUGAGAUGCCCACGAACCGUCCAUACGCAACUACAGAACAGCGAUUGGCCAACAACCGCAUGUCCCACGCAACGCUUACUCAGAUGACAUCUGUUGGUGCGAUGGCUGGAGCUGCAGCAGUCGCCUACCAUGAUCAUUCAUCCAAUAGCAGCAUUGAUCGACAACCUCAAGCUUACAAUGAGGCCUCUCAGAUAUCUAGCAAUACACCUUCUGCGCAAUUUAUGAAUACCAGAAGCUCACAGAGCUCACAGCCGGCUAGAGUUUCUAGUAACGAAGAGAUACGUCUUGACAUGGCUAUGCGAGCUUCGCUAAAUACAAACGACCGGCCUCCAACACCUAGCACUACCAGCACCCCGUCGCCUCAACGAAAUCUUCCACUUGAUUCAACAAGGUCAGUCAAGCGCAAACCGCUUCCUCAAAGACAAAUAUUUGGAUACGAAGACCCAAAUGGAGGUGAGCCGAGUCUGGAGGAUCUUCGCCACACCUUGGAUGAGGAUGCACUCAACCGAAUCGCGCCUCAUUUACCAUCUCCUGUGUCUCGUACCGGAAACGAAGACGAAAGUGUUUACGACGAUGCAGCCUCUACAGUCUCCCCUGAUUAUGCAAGCACUCGAGAGUCGCUUUACAGCAAGGCGUCUCAAAAGUCUACCAAACGAAUGGGUGUAAAGAAGACCGUGGGAGAACCCACCAGAAACGACCUUGUCAUCGGAGACGCUCGUUAUUCUACCGCCGAAUCUAAAGAGCAUAACCCCGACAUUCCGAACGUCGAUUUUGGACCAACAAUGACUUACAUGCCAACUACCGGACGCCCAACCACAGCUGAAGCCUUGCGGCAAGCAUCUCACCAACGGAGUGACUCAGAAGCGGAGCGAUACAGACUUUCUGUCCCAACAGGUGCCAUGGAUAAUGGACACCAUCGGGCAACCGGCCAGGAGGAUCAGAGACGGAGUAUGUUAUGGCAGCCAGGAAUGGCUUCCAACCGUCCUACCACCCCUGGAGGAGGUUUGACCCCGGAACAGUAUGUCCAGCAACGCGCAGCACCUAGUCCUCCAAUGCAUAUGCACCACCGAUCAUCAUCUAACAACACUCCACCACCACAGCGUCCCAUCUCUGGAGACUGGGCACACCAUGCCCGUUCUGGCUCCCGCAUGAACAACCACCCAGAUCCCAACUACCGCCCUUCCUCACGCGGUACCAGCCCGAUGUUGAAUUACGACGUUUCAAAUCAUCUCUCUGCUCGUGAACAAGAACAUGUUGCACGAAUGACCAACUCCACUUUCUUCAAUAUGUCUCAAGAUACCCGUAGACCUCAAGUUCCCGUCCAACCAGGGGGUCUUGUAUCCACCAUUGAUGCUCGCGAGCGAGAGAAGCGUGAGAUGAGAGAGGGAAUGUCAAACAAUAUGGUUCAACAUGCAAUUGCUCGGCGCCAGCACCAUAUGAUGAACCAACAACACAAUGAUCCUCGAUAUGCUCCAGGCCCGGUCUAUCCACCCCAAGCCCCAUUCCGCCAGGAGGCCAUGUACAACAUGCCCGGCGCAAACCGUACAUGGGAUGCAGUCCAUCAAAUGAACCGCCCCGAUGAGACCCGUCGUUCGUCCUGGUAUGGCCAGCUUGCCCAAGCACCUCAAACCCCACCAAACUACCAACAAAGCCAAACCUAUGCCCACCAACACGGCCAAUACCCUGGCAACGUCAACAUGCAUUACUAG